AUGGGAUGUUCGUUGGGUGGAGGAGAUACAGACUGCGCCAAAAAGCAUGCCAAGAGCCUCCGUGACCUAAUGUGGCCCGCUGCUGGAAUGUGGCUGACUCCAGAGGAACCCUCGCCUUCGGCUGCAUCCACAGCCUGUCCUGCUGAUCUGAUCAGCAGCCUAUGCCUUUGGACUCCCCUGAACGUGGAGGAAAUGCAUGGGAGAAAAGACCUUCACCAGCCCAGCCUCGACACUAAAUGUUGUUGGUAUCUCCAGACGUGCACUAGAAUUGCCAAAAGGUCCAAGAAGUCUGGAGCUUAA